AAAUUCGAUUUGUCGAGUGGAGUGGAGUGGUGUGAUGAAUUGCAGAGGGACAAGACAUGGAAGCAAACAGUAAAAUUAAGAUCUGGAGUGAUAUUAACGCCUUUAGAGCUAAGAGCCCCAGAGAUCGUCAUCGUCGUCAUCGAUUGGGGAGGAAGUUGCGGAGAGAUUACAAUAAUAAUAAUAAAUAAAUAAAUAAAAAAAAGGGUCUGGGUUUGGGAGGUUCGAGCUUCGAGCUUCUCCGACUGGGUGUUGGUGGCGAAUGUGAAUCGGGAAUCGGGAAUCGGGAAAGGGGAAAGCUCUGGCUCGCGAUAUCUGGAAACGGCUGUUCCCUGCCCGGGCCAGCAGCAGGUUCGCGCUCCCUCCGCCGCCGUCUCCGACUGGAUGCGGAUGCGGCAAUGCGAUGGACAUCAACCUUUUCAAGCUCUGCUCCGGCCUCAAGUUCCUGGGCUACCUGAUGAUCCUCCUCGUCCUCGCCAUCGUCGCCGUCUCCUACUACGCCGUCGUCGUCCUCACCUGGGCUCCCCGCCUCCUCCGCGGCGGUCUCUCUUCCUUCCUCGCCUUCCUCGUCGUCCUCCUCUUCCACCUCCUGCUCCUUCUGUUAUCAUGGAGCUAUUUUAUGGUGGUUUUGAGGGAUCCCGGUUCAGUCCCCGAGAAUUGGAGGCCAGUACGAGAUGAAGAGAAUUUCGAAGGUGAUGCUUCUUAUUUACCACAUGAGGCCUCGGGGUCAGGCUCUACCUGGCCUUCCUCAAAUGGAUCGGAAGGAAGACCACCUUCGGGAUUCUGCGUUCGUUGUCAAAAUGGAAAGCCACCUCGAUGUCACCAUUGCUCUAUUUGCCAGAGAUGCGUUCUUAAGAUGGAUCACCACUGUGUUUGGGUUGUCAAUUGCGUUGGUGCAUGCAACUACAAGUUCUUUCUUCUGUUCCUGCUGUAUACGUUCUUGGAGACAACGAUGGAUACUUUAGUACUGCUGCCAAGCUUCAUCAACUUCUUUAGUGAAGCGAAGGAUCAUUCCAACUCUCCUGGCAAACUUGCUGUUAUUUUCGUGGCAUUUGUUCUUAAUCUAGCUUUUGCACUGAGUCUUCUUUGUUUCCUUGUUAUGCACGGGUCUCUUGUCUUCAGCAACACCACUUCCAUAGAGGUUUAUGAGAAGAAGAAAGGGGUCAGGUGGAAGUACGACUUGGGCAGGAGGAAGAAUUUCGAACAGGUUUUUGGCAUGAAAAAAGCACUGUGGCUCUUUCCCUUACUUUCAGAGGAGGAUUUAGGAAAAAUACCAGCACUUCAUGGCCUAGAAUUUCCAACUCGCUCUGAUGUUGAGGCGUAGAAGUCUGAAUCAGUUUUGGGCAUCAUAGAUGUUGCCCUUAAACAGCUAGAAUGGAGCUGACAAUCCUAUCUUGUGAGUUGUUAGUUUGCCUGUACAUUCUUUCUUUGAAUAUUGGUUCCAUGAUGCAAAUUUAUUCAUUUGAGUGGAUGAUGCACUUGACCGUCAGGCUGUCAGCUAAAAAAAAGAAAAAGCGAGAAACUAAUGGGAAUUACUUACUGAAAGUAAUGUUUUAGCCCACUUGAUUCUGGUACCUUUGAAUGCUGUAAUUUAUAAUGCAUUAGUUGUAGCUUGUCUUGAUGUUAAGCGAUCUUUUAGUCACAUAAGGCAAGGGAGGAAGCAGUGAGACUUGAACCUCAAUAUUUUGGGAAAGGAUCAGCCGUGAGUCAAUCAGUGGUCUCAGCUUUGCCAGGAUUGCACACAGCAGGACAGGCUAAUGUCAGGAUUCGAAGUUGGUAUUUGCUGUGGGGCUUUAAUAUUCCAAGGGCAAUAUGGCUGUCCCAUUGUUGAGAGUGAUGUGCCCUUGAACUGGAUUGAUGUAGCAAGCCCAGGAGCUGCGGAUGUAGUGGCAAAAAUCAAAUUUCCUGAUUUCUAUGUUAAGUUUGCAGUGACAUCAUUCUGGUGGAUAAAUAUUCUGUGGAGAAUACUUGAGGGUGACUGGUAUUUUACAUGGAGAAUGGUUAAGUGAGGAAAAUUUUUCCUUCAGUCGGUGACUCGUGAGGUCUUUACCAACUGAGCACAACUUUUACAGUUGGGUGAAUUCAGAGCAGUCUUUUCUUUGCCCAUUCUUCUCACUAUUUUCUAAUUGGAUCAAGCUGGGAAGAUUCACUUAAGGUGCCUGCAAAUCAUGGGUUACCAAAAUCUUCUCUGGCCAGCCAGUUUUUUACCAGGGAGGCAAACAUGUUGAAUAUGAUCUUGUGCGUCAUCUGUACAAUAAGGAUAGACAGCCAUCUUAUGUGUUUACGAACUCGACCUAUUUAUGUUGCAUUCUCUUUGUAUUAAGCAAGAUGAUCAGGGUCGAUAUGAUAAAAUGGUUUCUGGAAA